GGCGGUCUCUGAGGGGCGGGACGGCACCGCCAGCGCAAAGAUGGAGCCCUACGAGCCGGAGACCGAGCUCCAGCAGCUUUACCACCGGUUGCUGCGUCCGCUGUCGCUCUUUCCCCGCAAGGCGACGGUCCCACAAGCUCAGAAGCGCCAGCCGGAGGAGACCCCGAUGCUGCUGCCCUUGCCGAUCUCGCGACUCACGGCGGAGUCGCUGUGCCGGAAGGUGGCCGAGCGCCUGCACAGUGUUGGACAGCGGCUGCCGGUGCGGGUGCCUCCCGAGGGCCGACUCUGUUUCACCAAGGUCAUCCUGGACGAGCUAAAGUGCAGCUGGCAGGAGCCUCCCUCCCAGCCUACUCUGAGCCACUUGGAAAACCAGAGGCUGUGGAACCGGCUGCAGGCCCACGUGCUGCUCAGCAGCGAGCAGCUCUUCUUAAGCUACCUGUACUUGCUGGUGACCAUGUCCAACACCAAAGGGGUCUUCACUGAAUCAGCCACGCUCACCCGUUUGGCCGCAAGCCUCGCUAGGGACUGCACGAACUUCCUCACCAGCCCUGAGGUCUACCGCUGCCUGCUCACUGACUUCCUAGCGCUGCUGAAGGUCGAGCGGGUGGAAGGCGGCCUGCACAAGCUGCGCAUGGAUGGCCCCACGGGGGCUCUGAAGCUCUACCACAUCCCACUGCCACGCAGCACCGGCUUGGUCCAAGUGCUACCCUCCAGCCUCAACCUGAACUACCUCAUCCAACUCAGCCGCCCGUCAGAGCCUGCCAGUGAACCUGAGCCAGAUCCAGUGAAGGAACUAAAGUCCAUCCCCCAGCUGAAGAAGAGAAAACCUUUCAGCUGGCCGCCCUCCAGGCAAACAAAGAGAGAAAAAGACAGUUCCUUACAGAUUGUGUCACAGCCGAAGCACUUCGUGGCAUCUCCCACUGGAACAGCCCCCUCUCCGAGCCCCUCCCCCCGCUACUCCCAACUCCACAGGGGCCAGUCCAUGCCCUCUUUGCGUGAGGGCUGGAAGCUAGCGGAUGAGUUGGGCCUCCCACCACUCCCCCCUCGCCCCCUAACCCCCCUGAUCCUGGUGGCAGGGAGCAAGCCAGAGCUGUUAGUGGACAUGGUGGCUGAGGAUCUGAAGGCGAUGAUAAAGAAAAUGAAACUGGAGUGGACUCAUCACUCCCCCACGGACUCAGGCCUUCCCCCACUGGUGGGGGCCCUGACCCAUUGCCCAACUGCCACAGAUCGAAUGGCAGAGCUCCACAGAAUGUUGAAGUCCCUAGAGGAAGAAGAAGCCGCUCGGCACCGGGGCCUCCAGUUCCAGUCCUCUCCAAUUCAACCACAGCCAAUAACUGUUACUGUGAAGUUAAGAAAUCAGAUGGUGGUCCAGGCAGCUGCUGUACAGUUCUCUGAGAGAAACUUUGUGGACUCCUUCCACGUUGAGGGGGCCAGAGUCCUGUACAACCACCUGAAUGGUGAGCUGGACCCCAAACUCAUUGAGGAAAUGGAUGUGGAUCGCUCUGUCAGCAGUAGCAUCAGGGAGGUCUACAAGGAGCUGAUGAGUCGUGUGUCCAAUAAGCACUUCUCUUUUGACCAAGGGCCCCUAGUGGAGCCUGCCUCUGAAACAGACUGGUCAGGCAUCCAGUCCUCAGCUUUUCUAGGUCAAGACAAAGAGAAUCGUAUGAUCAACCCCUCGCUGGUUGGACUUUACUCCAAGAAAACAAAUGGUUUUCAGUCCAGCCCUGAGAAUACACCCUCCUUCCUGUCACUCCAAGUAAAGAACCGUUGGGCCAAUAAGUACAAGCCUUCAUGGCUGAUGUGGAAAAGCACCAUUUCUGUGGAUGAUUAUUUCAAGUACCUCGUCAACCAGGAAACAGAUUUCCUGCACGUCAUCUUCCAAAUGUAUGAAGAGAAUGUUCCCAAGGAGACCCCUGCCCCUGUCAGAGAGACGCUAAAGAUUCAACCCCCACCCCCCUUGCUACAAGACAAAGAGCUCGAUUUUGUGCCAGGAGAGUGGAACUGGAACAACGUGCUGGAGUAUAAGGUAGGACCCAGAAAGACCCAGCUCCUGGGGGAAUCCCCCAAACUAGGGAACCUGCAGAAGCGCCUGGAGCGACUGUGGUCCUUGCUUGAGGUCCCUCACAAGGACCGACUGGACAUGGCCAUCAAGUACAGUUCCAAUGCCCGUCUGAGGCAGCUGCCCUCAUUGGUGAGUGCCUGGGAGCGGGUCCUGCAGCCCAUUCACCUGCGGGAGAGCCUGCUGGGGAAGCUGGAGUGGUUUGAGCGACAAGCCUCCAACCCCAACCGCUUCUUUGGAAAGGCUGACUUGGGCCAGAGCAACUUCCUGGAAGAGAACCAGAUCCGCAACAAGUUGUACAAGAAGCUCAGUCUGGUGGAGGCCCCCUUGGUCUCCCUCCUGGGGGAGAUCGAGUUAGUUUUUGGCGAGCCAGUGACCUUCAAGGGGCAGCGCUAUCUGGACAAAAUGAAGCGGGACAAAGUGGAGAUGCUGUACUGGCUCCAGCAGCGGCGGCGCGUGCGCCACCUGGUCCAGGUCAGGAAGCCCUCCCCACCAGCAGGCCUGUACCAGAAGCUCAGCAGCCAGUCCUUAAUCGUUCCUGGGAAUAGUCCCAUCCCCCUGUGACCAUACCAAGUACCCCGAAACCCCUCACCCGCACACCCCAGCAGCGCAUCCGGUCCUCUCAACUGUUUGGGAAGAAGAAAUAUCAGGCAGUGGGGAAACUUGGUGACUACAUGCUUCUGACCACGAGGACCACAAUGAACACUUUGACAGUGAAACUGUCCUGAAAGAAUGCCCAGCAUCUUCACCAUUACUGGGCAAUAUUUGAAAGCCCAGGAUUCCCAUCUAUGUGGCAAAAUACAACUCAAAUCUCAUAGAACAAAAGAACUGAGACCAUGCCUUGGCGUUGAUUGUCUUGAGGGCUGUCAGAGGCUCCUGUGCCACCUCAGCAUAGCCUUUCUAACAGAUGGCAUCCAGUUGGCUGAUGAGAGCCCCAAGUCAGGAGGCUCUGUGUCAUCAGUGUUGAGAGCUCUGGAGUUAGUUGAUCUGAGUUUAAAUUCAGGCCAUGGAACCUGAGGCAAAGUACCUUGCCGCCCUGGAUCCCCCUGUCAGACCAAGGGGUUGGGACCGGAAGAAGUGUUACUUCUUCCAGUUCUAGCACACUGUUGGUAGCACUAAAACAAUUUAAUUACAAGCACGUGGUACACAGUACACAGGAGUACAGGUACUGAAAAGUAAUUCUCUACCAUGAGACCCUACCCCAACCACCCUCCCUGGGUCUCAUGGCCUGACCUAUUGCUUGGGUGGAAACAGUUGAGAAAUGUCGUGGUGGAAAAACAAAAAAAUAUGGGAGUUUGUGUUUGAGUGCUAAGAGGGGAGCUGAGGCUUUCACAUUACAUUGAGUUCUCACUUAACACCCCCAAUCAGUCCUUGGACACUGCAAUUUGAGGGGGAACAAUGGGUAAAGAAACCAGGGAGUCUAAUAACAUGGUUUGCAUCAGCUUCUGCCAGGGGUUUCCUUCUGGUGGAUGUUAUAACAGAAGUUGUUGAACCAAACCAUGCUGCUUGAGGACCUGCUGUACAGAUGCAGGUAGAUGAGGCAGAGCUCCCAGUCUCCCACAGAAUCAGCACCCCUAGAAGCUACAUAGGCUUCUGAGCCACACUGACCAGGGCUUGGGUCCUGGCUCUCCCAAUGAUGCUUUUACCACCCUGGGUAAGCUCCUUCAUCUGUCAGAGCCUUCCUUUACUCUGCUGUAAAAGGGUCAUUUUAAUAGCCACCUCGCAAGGUGGUGAAGAGCCUAAGAAGUCACACAAGAAAAGUAGUCAGCACAAGGGAAGAACUUAGUAUGUAUUCUCAAUAAAAAUAAAUACAAAAUUAAAAUAAGAAAAAACAGUGUUAACGACUAA